AGUUUCUGUAAAAUAAUCUCUAGACUAACUGCUCAGGACACGACCGAGAGACCUUUUCAGUGUCUGAUUUAAUGGGACGCGGGUGUCAAGCCGGGUAUGUAGGGUGAAGAGUUGUCACCGGUGUAUUCACGAGGUACUCGUGGAAACUUCUGUCAAAGUUUUGUUAUUACAAAUGACAUCCAGUUGAUUGUCGUGAGGCAAAUAAGCUUCUCUGGAAGAAAAACUCAAAGCCUCCCAAGCAGUAAGGGACUGGGCAAGACCGCCAUUCUGACUUGGACAGAAAGUAGACAAAGAUGAGUACAUCAGUCACAAACACAGGCGGUCGGACUACGAUGACAACAGGCAAGAAAAAAUCAUCCUCUAUCAGUGCACUGGAAAGUUUUGAACAAAUAUCGACUCCAUGGAAAGAGACUUCAGACAAACCAACUGCCAACGACAGAACAUCUACAAAGAAUUUGACUACCACACGUAAAGCUGUCAGUACUUCUAGGAAAACUACAAAGACGACAACAAUAACAACUACAGGUGAUCCUUGUGGUGUCACCUUAGGACCACACAACUCUUAUUUACAAGACAACCUCGACAUCGUGCGACAGAAGUGCAGGGAGUUUCAUGCCUGUACCGUGGAGCUGUAUAAGUCUGAGAACCUUCACCGCAUCCUGGCCGGCGACAACAUUCAGCUCCGUAACAUCUGUGGUCUGUUGUACCAAAAUGUCAGCGGCGACAGCAUUUCGAACAACCAAUGCUCCUCUCGAGAAAAAGACUCCAUCAAGGAAUUAUUGAGUGAAGAGUUAUCAUCCCAUCUAAAAGAAAAAGUUACAAAAAAGAGAAUCUGGGAAAAAUUCAGAACCUGCUUCGACAAGACCCCAGACGAAAAUACAUACCUCGACAAACUGUGCAGGUCAAAGGUAAACUCCACACUUCCGCUGUGCAACGACACUGAUGUACAGACGACAACAGAGACUUUUCUCAACGACAAGUUCAGAGAAUAUAACUAUCGCUGUAACUGCAAGACUGACAACAAUUUGACAGCCUCGUCCUUACCUUCGAGGGCGCUGAUUGGCGGGGUUUGUGGCGGGGUGAUGAUAUUGCUGCUUAUCGUCAUCAUCAUCGUCCUCUGCGUGCGACAACGGAAGCUCAAACAUCGUCUGACGAAGCGAACUGGAAACACGACGGCACCCAAUCAACAAUUUUUGUCUUUUCCAGCAGGUGAUCAGACUUCUCUCAGUGGUUUUGUUUUUAAAGAUUCUGCUGGUCGUUUACCCGAGACUCGGCGGAACAAUCCAAGACACCGACCUGCCGGACCUCCCCCGCGGGUGCCCGAGCGUUACGUCCCUUACCAACUUCCGGCGACCACCAGCCCCAACGACCAAGAGCACCUGGAGCAGCUGCCGGUUGUGUACUCGUGCCAGGAGCUGCCUGAAGGCCGUGGUUCUGGAAGGUUUAGUGACCAACAUUCUUUGCAGGACAAUCCGUACUCCCUUGCCAAGCACGUGACUCUCUCUCCUCUCAGCGAGAGAAAGACGAGGGCGGCAUUUACCUGGGGAAGCCCUGACUUUCACAAGGUGGCCACGAAAUCCGUAAUGGGAAACAAACAAGAUGGCGGCUACAACUGUCUUGUCAGGGGCUCACAAGACAUCGGCGUAGAGCUACGUCCUUCUAAACAAUCAGUUCAGUCGACAGGAAACGGCGGAGGCAACAGUUGCGAUAAUUCUGAAUAUUUUGAGCUCGAACCUAUAGCUGGCGUGAGUUAAAAUUUUCACCCAGAAAUAACGGUUAUUUAUUUGUCUAUUAUGGGGUUUCUUAAGCAACAAUUGUUGAUGGCAAGCAAUGUCCUUUAAAUAACUGUAGUUUUGAUAGCUCUACGCCUUUUUAUUCUAGUGAACCAGCGUUUGACUGAUUCUCGAACGAACAUUUUAGUAAUAAUUUGCAAUAAAAUUGCACCCACACACUUUAUGUGUACCUGCCACCCUAAGGCUGAUGGAGUUUUAGGUUUUCCCCCCAAAAAAGUGAGACUGCACCUACAAAGCAAGAUUAAGCGUAACAACUAUCGUGUCGUUAUUUGUGUUUUUGUUUUUUUUUUCACUCAUUGAAUGUUAGCUGGUCAGAGAUUUUGACAACCUGACAAGGUUUGCACUUCCUUUAAAAUCACGAAACCACACAAUGGAGUGCGAUUAUGAGGAAGUCAAAACUACACCUUUCAGAACAGUGUGGUGAAUAAAACAUUUUUUUCUUGUUUCAAUCUUUGUUUGUCUGCUGAGAACAACAUAUCCUUGUAAAUAAAUUUUUGAUA